AUGGGAGCCGAGAAAUCGAUCAAGUCAGUCGCGGUCAUCGGCGCCGGCGCCUCGGGGACUAUCACGGCAGCUGCUCUUAAAGCAGAGAACUAUUUUGACCAGAUUCGAAUCUUUGAGCGGCGAGAAACAGCAGGUGGAACAUGGAUAUUCGAUGCGUCUCCAGGGCCAGAGCUUCCCAUAAAUCCGGGGAAGCUGCCUCCGCAGAUCGAUCCGCCUGUCCAGAUUCCGGACCAACUCCCAAGGGUGACGGCACCGGUUGAGCAGGAGCGGUAUUCCAAGACGCCAGUAUAUAAUUCCUUGACAACAAAUGUGCCCGAUAUAGCGAUGUGCUUUUCUGAUGCACGAUUCGCAUAUGGGCCAUUCCCACCGCAUCAUGUCCCUCGGCAGUAUUUAGAAAACUACGUCGCAACACACGAGCUUGACGAGAACUUGGUCCUGAGUACCACUGUCGAGGACGUCUCCCGGAUUCCACCGUCGACUUCAGAAUCAGGCCCCGACAGGUGGAAGUUGACGCUGCGAAAGCACGAUGCGCUGCGGGGAGUGGACGUGUGGUGGACAGAGGUCUUUGAUGCUCUUGUCAUCGCAAACGGACACUACUCAGUACCAUUUCAGAUCCCACAUGUGGACGGGCUGGAGGAGUAUAUCAAGAAGUACCCAGACCGCGUGGUCCACUCCAAGUACUACCGCUCACCAACGGUGUACUCGGGCCAAAAGGUCCUGACGAUCGGUAACUCGGCGUCGGGCUCUGACAUCUUCAACGAGCUGGCCAAGACUGCACACCUGCCUGUCUACAGCUCUCGACGGCACAAGAGUCCCUUCGAGGGCGACAAGCCACAGCCCGGCGUCGAGUGGAAGCCCAUCAUAGCGAAGUACCACCCCGACGGGACGAUCGAGUUCGAGGACGGGACGACGCUGGGCGCCGGCGACGUGGACAAGAUCAUCUAUGCGACGGGGUACAGGCCGUCGUUCCCGUUCUGGAACGAGAAGGCCAACGGGCGGCCGAUCUACGACUACGAGGCCGGCAAGCUGGUCAACACGUACUGGCACACCUUCUUCCACGACCUCCCGACGCUCGCGGUCGUGGGCAUCGAGAAGGGCCUCACCUUCCGCAGCUUCGAGUACCAGGCGGUGGCGCUGGCGCGCCUCUUCAGCGGGCGCAACGCCGUCCCGCUGCCGCCCGCGCGCGAGCAGCGGAGGUGGGAGGAGGAGAGGACCGAGUGGGUCAAGGCCACGGGAAAGAAGUUCCACGACAUCGAGAGCGAGCCGGGCAGGCUGGGCGAGGACUCGUUCAAGUGGCUUGGGUACCUGUAUAGGCUUGCUGGCCUCGGCACGCUGACGGGCGACGGGAGAGUCCCUCCUGUGCUGAGCAAAGAGCUGCUUCACGCCGUCAGGACAAUCCAUAAGUAUCCGCGAUACGACGAGGAUGUGGCUGAUGCAGAGGUCUAUGAUUACCAUGGGGUAUCGUCAAGUGGUGGCAAGCAAGCUGCCAAAGAGUGGGUGGUGGUCGAUGGGUUGUAG